ACUAUUGUAAAAGAACGUAAAUAAUAGUACUAUUGAAGUAUAUAUUUUGAUAUACUAUGAUAUAUUACUUUACGUGGUCUCCAUUGGCUCAAACAAGUAGCAUCUAUCCAUCUACAGCUCGAAAUCUACCAGCAGCCAUGACUGAUCCUCCAAAUCACUUCUUCAAGUUCAUUCCACCAGGCUUCAAGUUUAACCUUUCGAUUCCAAAAUCUUUUUUGACGAAGUUAGACGGAUGGAGAGGCAAGAAAGCAAUACUGAGACGAGGGUGUCACAAUUGGGCCGUGCACAUUGGCGACGGAGGGGUUUUUGGUGACGGUUGGAGUAAGUUUGUGGUGGAGAAUGGAGUGCAAGAGUUUGACAUUAUUGUGUUCAAACAUCAAGGAAACAUGGUGUUUGACUUUUUAGUGUUUGACCCAUCUGCAUGUGAAAGACAAUAUCCAAAUUUACCUAAAGAAGUAGAAGUCUCUCUCCCACAAUCUUCUGAUUCACUUCACACACAUGAGAGGUCAAAGAUUCUCAAAAAGCGCAAGAGGGCUGACUAUUCGUCUCAAAGCAAAGAUGAACGUCUUCGACUCGAUGACGAUAGCUGUUUUGUGACUGUAAUGACACCUUAUAAUAUCACAAGCUCAAGAUUGAGUGUUCCGUUGAAAUUCGCUAGAUCAAAUGGAUUAACUACCAAAAGAAUGCGUACACAAAUAGUUCUAGUGGACGAAGCCAAGAGAACUUGCCCAGCAGAACUCCAUAUCAGGACUGAUCAAAUUCGUUUAACCGGUUGGCAUAAACUCAUGAUAAAAAACGGCUUAAAAGUUGGGGAUGCGUGUAUGUUUAAGCUCGUAGAGGAAGGAGAAGUGCCCGUUUUUAAUUUCUAUAACCUAGGGAAGAAGCGCACCAACAACUAUAUUCCAGUAAAGGAGGAGAGUAGUUCAAGGAUAAAGAAGAUGGACAAUGCGAGUUGCGACAAUCAUCCUUACUUUAUUUUAUCUAUGAAGUCUUAUUCUAGAGAGGCGGGUCUGUAUCUUCCCAUUGAAUUUUCAAUAUCAAGUGGUUUAGAUAUAGGAGAAAUGAUCCUCAGAGACGAUGAAGGUAGAUCAUGGAAAACUCAGCUCAGGAAAAGUGGUGAAAAAUAUUUGUGUUUUAAUCGUGGUUUUAGAGCUUUCUGGGAUGUGAAUGGAUUAAAGGUUGGUGAGGAGUACAAGUUUGUGCUAGUUGAGAACGAGAAGGGAAAACCUCCCGUCAUGAACGUUUCUUAUCUAGGAAAGAAGAACACCAAUAACCACGUUCAAGUAACGAAGGAGAGUAAACCAACGAUAAAGAUAAAGAAGACGACUGGCUCGAGUCUCGGCAAUCAUCCUUACUUUAUUUUAACUAUGAGGCCUUCUUAUAGAGAGUGUGGUCUGUAUCUUCCCGUUGAAUUUUCGAAAACAAAUGGUUUAAAAGUAGGAGAAAUGAUCCUUAUAGAUGCUAAAGGUGGAUCAUGGAAAAUUCAGCUUAAGAAAAAAGGUGAAAAAUAUUUAAGUUUUGGUCGUGGUUUUAGAGAUUUCUGGGAUGCGAAUGGAUUAGAGGUUGGUGAUGACUACAAGUUUGUGCUCGACGAGAAGGAGAAGGGCAAGCCUCCCAUCAUGAUUGUUUCUUAUCUAGGAAAGAAGAACACCAACAACCACGUUCAAGUAAAGAAGGAGAGUAAACCUACGAUAAAGAUACAGAAGACGACUGGCUCGAGUCUCGGCAAUCGUCCUUACUUUAUUUUAACUAUGAGGCUUUCUAUUAGAGAGUGUGGUCUGUAUCUUCCCGCUAACUUUUGGAUAUCAAAUGGUUUGAAAGUAGGAGAAAUGAUUCUUCGAGACGAUAGAGGUAGAUCAUGGAAAGUCCAACUCAACAAACAUGGUAAAAAACGAUUAUAUAUUGGACGUGGUUUUAGAGAUUUCUGGGUGGCGAACGGACUAAUGGAAGGUAAUGCGUACAAGUUUGAGCUAGCUGAGAACGAGAAGGAUAAGCCUCCCGUUGUGAACUUUUCGUUGGCGGUAGACUCGACUCCAUCUGAAAUAGAAGACCGUCAUCCUUCAUCGGCAAAGUGAAGUCCUGCUACGUAGAAUAGUCGCCGCUCCGGUCCUUUCCUUUCUAUUACCUUUACAUCACUGACAACUAUUCCUAAACCCUUUCGUUACGGAAUGACAGAGAAUAGUAUGCUUUAUGAUAAUGUUGUUGUGUUUAACUUUUUAAACUUAUAGAGAUUAUGGAACGGGAAUUAAUUUAA